AUGGCGCAGCCCUCGCACGAGUCCGGCCCGGGGCCUUCUCUUCUUGCGCUGAGUAAGAUACUGCAACGAUCUUACUUUAAAGCCUGCGUCGAGCUAGACGAGGACAUUGAGGAACUGUGGGACCGGCAGACCGUGCUCAAGCAAAGCUUCUGGGCAUUGAACGCGAAAUACGGUAAGCUUGAUGACGACACAACGAAAGAGAUUCUUGCAUUGCGGAUACAACUUGUCAAGGCAGAUCACGGUCAGAAUACGGCGACACAUGCAACCGCAGCGGAGGAUCAGGAGUUGCACAAGCUAUAUGAGAAGGCUUUGUCGGAACUCAAAGUGCGAGAGUUACGUCGGCUGAAAGAACGAUAUCGACAUGAACAUGCCUCCGAAGGUUUUGAAGAAAAGCAUCAGCGCGAAUUGGGGGUACUGUACGAGCAAUGGGCAGACGAUCUGGACCAGCACAUAAAGCGUCUGUUGCAUGAGCACGCAACUGCAAUUAGGUCGAACGAGCAAUCUGCACGAAACAGCGAGAGGGAGGCCUGCGAAAAGGCACAGCUCGAAAUGCUAUCCAACCUCAAGAACUACCACGCACUUGAGGUCGCAACACUCGAGCAAACUGCACGGGCGAACGAACGGAAAGCCUGCGACGAGAAACACCACGCAGCAAUCGACCGACUCAAAGGCUGGCUUACGACCGAGGGCGAGACGCGCGAACAAGCUGCACGGACACAGGAAAGGGAGAUCUGCGAGAAGGAACGCGAUGCGACAAUCGUUCAACUCAAGAAGAAGCAUGCGACUGAGAUCGAGGCACGCGAACAGUCUGCACGGACAAAGGAGAGAAAUGUCUCCGAGGAGGAACGCAGUGCGAUAAUCAUCCAGCUGAAGAAGCAGCAUGAAACAGAGCUCUCAACAUGCCGCAGCGAGAACAUCGCGGCAUUAUCUCACAACAAUAAAGCUUACGAAGCCAAGGUUCUGGAACUGAAGACUGAAAAGGCAAAGAGUCUUAGAGACCGGAACGACAAGAACAGUAUGGUUCAACAUCAGCAAGAUGAGAAGAAACUCUGGCAGAAAAGGAUUGAUGAGCUAGAACGAGAGCAUGACCAGGAGAUUGCGAAUUUACGAAAGAAGUACGAGCGAAAGGUCACCGAUCUUGAAGCGGAGGUACGACAGCUUCAGAAGGAUGAAAACCGAGUACAAAAGCUCCUUAACCAAGCGGAAGAAUACAAAUCCAAGUCAACCGCCGUGCAGAAGAGCUACGAUAGAGCGCUAGAGUCUCUACAGUCAGCAAGGACUGAGAUCGAGCGCCGAAUUGGACUUUGCCAAGACUCUGAAACGAAAAACAAGGCACUAGAACAGCAUCAUUCCCAGGUACUCAGCCAGUUGGAUGCAAAGCAUUCCGCUGGAACUUUGCAUCUACGUGAAGAGGCCAAGGCUCUUAGGUCGGAACUCCAAAGCCUGCGAUUGAAGCUCGCCUACAACGUCCAACAUGUCGAAGACCUCAAAGCAAACGAAGGUGUAUUGUGGGAGAAGCUGUCCAUCCAAACUGCGGAGAACUUCUCGUUGAAGGUACAAUCAGACAAAGUAGAGAAAGAGCGCGCUAGAAAUGAUGGCGCACUCACUCUGCUGCAGUUCAAACAUGAUGCUAGAUUUGAGCAAGCUCUGCAGGAAAACUCGGGAGCAUUCGCGCCCCUGCCUAGCCAGCAAGGAGAGGAGACGAAUCAGGAAGAACACGAACAGAUCGGAGACGACCAGCUGAUAUCGCAGGAGAGCACAGUGGACGGUCUGAAGGAGGACCUAGCUGAGGCCCAGAACCAGAUUGACGAGCUCACCUCGCUUCUGUCCGAUAGCCAGGCGAAGAUCAACACACUCCAAGAGCAACAAGACGUUCUGCUUCAGCACCAGUUGCGUAACUGGGUUACCGAAACCACAAUGGCACAAACCCGCCCGAACCCUCCCGAGCCUUCCCACGAGGGUACAAUCCCAGUAACGGUUCGUCUCCCUCUAGAUACAGACGAGGCGAAGAGCCAUGAGCAGGUUUUGCAGCAGAUUAUCGCGGACUGCGAGACCCUGGAAGAAGAAUGCCAGGGUGACGAGGCAGCUUUGGGAACUAGCAAGGCUGAACUGCGUAAGCUGAAUGCGGAACUCAAGGCGCUGGAGAAGGAGCAUGUGGAUGAGUUCUCGUGGAAGGCUGCGAAGAAGAAGCCGGUGGAGAAAUCGGUUAACGAGUGA